UUCCGUCAACACAGAGUGGGAGUGAGUGACAGGCGGGACGCGCCAAUCACUGCCUGCGAGGCCGCUGAACUUGAAGCUUUUCAAUGGAAACAAAACCAGUUAUCAGAAGAUAUGAAACAAGGAGGAAUACAAGAAUAGAAGAACCAGCAUCCAAAUCUCGGGUUGAUUGGAGGCGGACUAAAAGAGAGACCAUAUUGCUUGAUAGUGAUGAAGAACUCACAUCUGCUUCAGAAGAUGAACGACUCUCCUCUACAUCAGAAGACGAAGUGGCUGAAAAACAAGAAACUGUAGUUAAGAGGUAUAAUCUUUCAGAUCAUGAGGAGAAAGGCCAUGAUGACACAGUCGUAGAGGAUGUGGAGGAUGACUGCAUCACUCCAGGGAAGCGUAAGAGGUCGAGCACAUCUGUAAUGUAUGACAGUGACAGGAGUGAUGAUAGUGACAUCCCUGUUAGAAAAGUAUUUGCUAAACGUUAUUGUAUAAUGGAUGAAGAUGAGUGUUCUCAAGAACAGGAGCAAUAUAAAACCCCUACUACAGAAGAAGAUUUGAUUAAUGGGAAACAGAAGCGGCUAAUAAAACUGAAAGAACUCGCAAGACAAAGAUCAACCCGGGCAUCCAGUAAUAGUAAAUAUUGUGGGGAUUCUGAUGAUGAUGAUGAUGCGGAAAUAAUAGAAGAAUCAUCCUAUCCUUUACCCCUCACACCAACAGCAAGCAGUGACGAUGAUGAUGAUGAUAGUAUGAAAGACUUUAUAGUUGAGGAUGAAGAAGAAUGUGCAGAACAUUCUGAGGAUGAAAACCAACCACAAGGGAAAGAACAUGAUACAUCAAAAUUCCAAUUACUGGAAUAUUACAUUCCACGCUUCUCUCGCUGUGACCAUUAUGUCCACUUCCAAAGAGUUGUAAAAGCUUUCCUCAUCAACACAAUUGAUGACACUUUUUUGAGCUCAUUGUAUGAUGGAACAAGGCGAAAGAGAUAUGCACAAGAAAUGGUAACCUCACUCCAUUAUUUGGAUGAUCGCUUUAUUCAACCUCGUCUUGAAAACUUAAUCUCUAGAAGUCGCUGGAAAGAACGAUAUAAGGAGCGAGUGGAUUGUUAUCCUGAAGUCCGCAUAGUAAUGAAGACUCCAAUAAAUAGAUCCUGUCAAGCUUGUGAACUGCAUCGGUACUGUAAGUUUGCUGUGUUGCUGUCAGGAAAGCUGUACAACUAUAGAACUUUGGAAACAGAUGACUUUAUGUUGCAUGACAAACAGGUUUUGAAGGUUGGCAGCGUGUGUGCAAAUCGUACAAGGGUUUAUCAUAAUCUGAAACAUUUUAAAUUCAAGUUGUAUCAGCGCUGCUGUUCAGUUACAGAGGUGGAGGGCAUUCAGGAUGAGCCAGUCAAAGACACAGUCGACAGGCUUUUCAGUCAAUUGGAAGAGAGUGGCUGGAUUCAGGAGAGAUAUGAUUAUCUGGAAGAAUAUAUGAAUGAUGCAGAUUACUUCCAAGAAGAGAAAAUGGACUGAGUGGUCAUGCAUCUCUUUGAAAGAAGCUUUGUAAAAAUCUCUAACUAGCUAUGGUAUCCACCUGUCCACAAAAAUAUCUUCAAAGGCUUUUCAAGAUGUUUUCUUAUGCUGCAUUGUAUUUAAAUCUUCAGCUGUGCCUGUAAAUUGCCAUACAUAUAAAAAGAAAAAGUAGCAUAUUCUUUUAUACCCCUUAAUUUUAAAUGUCAAAAUAGUGAUUUAAAGAUGUUUUAUGAAGUAAGCAACCUUCUGUUAUGCAUAGGUCACUUGAACUUUCCUUUGUGGUUAAAAAGACUAGUGUCCAAGUACCUAUGUAUUCAUGAAAUAAAACUUCUGUAUAUUAAUGCCUAGCUCAAUGGCAGAGAUGUGAGAGAUGGUAAGCCCCAAUUAACCCUUUUGGGAGUAGCAAUACUUCACUAGAAAGUAUAAAUUGCAUCCUAUCACAUCCCUGUAAACUUGAAAUAUGAGCAUUAACCAGUUAGCAUGGUUAUAGUGAGAAUGAAACAUAACCAGACACAUUCAUUCAUUAAUCCAGUAUCAAAACCACCUUCACUUCUCAUCCCUGGACACGUAGA